GCGGCGUGCGAGGGGGCGGUGCGGGAAGGCAGUGCUGCCACACCACCGCACGCGGCGUUCAGUGUUUCAGUGGUUUCAGUAUUUGAGUCGCACAGUGGCGCCGCCAAGGCCACACCGGUGGCGUCAUUCGUCAUUUCCUCCGCGUUUCGCGCCACUUCCUGGGUCACAGCGUGACUGGCGGAAACAAAAGCCGAACUAAGCCCGUGAGCAGUGUAGCAGUGUGGCCGGCGGGCGCGAUGUGUUCGGGGCGGGGGCCCCGCACAGUUGGCAGGCCCGGCCGAAACCAUUGUUGGACGAGUCAUGGCAACUUCCCGUGCCGGAAUGUAGGGGGAAGCACAAAAAACAAAAACACAAAAAACAUGUUUUCUAAAUUCAAAGUGGAAUCCUAAAGUCACCGCAACAUGCAAGUCGUCCAACAGAACACGACGGUCUCAUCCCUUUAGCGCGGCCUCACGAAAAAGAGAAACGAAACGGUAACAAAAAUGGACGUGGACACCUUGACGAUCGGGACGACGGAGUAUGAAGACAUGCUCAUCGGGGACUCGGGGGACAACAUGUCCUCCGAGGAGGCCGCCGGCGCGCUGCUGCCGCCCGCCUACAACUACACCUCCCUGGAGAGCAUCGUGACGGACGUGUGGGACAACGCGCCGAGCGUGCGCCUGCACGAGGUGGCCGUGCUGACGCUGAGCGCGCUGGUCGUCGGCGUGCACGGCCUGCUCGGCCUGGUGCCGCGCUCGCUGCUGUCGCCGCGCACCGCCUGGCUGCUGCUGCAGGCCACGCUGGCGCUGGGCUGCGUCUACGCGCUGGGCUGCGUCAUCCUGGCCGCGCACGCCACCCUCAGCCGCUGGUUUUUUCGUGACGCCGAGGACGCCGACGAGGACGAGCAGGCGGAGCCGGGCGCUGCGGAUGACGCCGUGGUGGAGAGCGUGGUGUCGUCCAGGAUCGAGAAGGAGGAGCGCGUCAAGCGCUGGCUCGACAACCUCAGCACGGACCCGAUCCGCGAGCAGAUGAACCUGGAGGCCUGUGGCGAGGUGCGGGGGCGCAACAUGGAGGCUGACCGCUCCAGCGCGGACCUGCUGGGCGACGGCCAGCCUCUAGGCCAGCCCAUCCCCAUGCCCGCCAACGCCACCCCGCGUUGCCCGCGCCUCCUGCCGCUGCCGCAGCACUCGCUGCCCCCGCUGCCCGCCACGCUGCCCUCCACGGAGCUGGCCUCCCUGACCAAGGAGGGGCGGCGCGCGCUGUCCCUGGCCUACGAGUUGUCCGUGGCGGUGCGCACGCAGAGGGCGGGCGCCAUCCGCACCACCAUGUCCGCGCCCGUGUCCGAGGGCAGCGGCGGCCUUUCGCUGGCCGACGCCAAGGACGACUGGAAGCUGGUGCGUCGCGGCAAGGAGGAUUUCCAACAGCCAGAGGAGCCGGUGCAACCUCUGGACCCCCGUCCCCUGGACCCACGUCCACUGGACCCACGUGGCCAGGCUCUGCCCCCAAGCGACGACGACCCACAGCCUCCAGCUGCCCCUCGAACGCCUCGCCUGGACGAUAGCCACACCCCGGAAGCGUCCGCGCCGCUCACGCCCACGGCCUCGGCCACCCCCAACGCCGCGGUCUCGGACAACGCGGUGCUCAACCCGUCGUCCUCGCUGCUGAGCUUCGUGCGGCGCUUCAGCGGCACCCGCUUCCUGCUGAGGGAGCUCGCCAACGCCACCGACGGCCUCCCGAUCCCCGGCCUGGUCGUGCCCAGCCUCCGCCUCAAGGACAGCCGGUCCUUGUCGCUGGAGCCGAGGCCGGAGUCGCGGCCCGACCGGCCCGACCCGUCGCACCACCGCAGCGCCCUCGCGCUGCCCCGCGUCGACGCCGUGCACGCCGUGGCCAAGGCCGAAUUCCAGGCCGCGGCGCCGCAGCGCGAGAAGGUCAUGAAGGUGUUCAGCAAGGGGCUGCUCUCGGAGGGCGGGUCGGUGGAGUUCCCCUCCGCGGCCGCCCAGGCCGGCCAGGACGCGGGGCGCUACGCUGACGCCGUGCUCGGCGCGGCCGGGUUCCUGGCGCAGGACGCCUCCGGCUUGCCGCGCGCCACGCGGACGACGGCCACGUGCACGCUGGAGAACAUGACCGGCGAGGCGGCCGUGUACGCCGCCGCCCCGUGCCCCGCGCGCUCCACGCUCAACCUGGACAUGUCCUCGCGGUCCAGGGUGGCCGCCGACCGUGCCACUGAAGGCCAGGACGCCGCCGCCUACGCCGUGGCCGUCACCACCUCGCGGGGCCUCACCGCCAACAUGUCCGAGGAGGGCAUUCCGCGGCCGGCCCGCGUGCCCGACCUGGACGACGAGCACAAGAGCCUGUUCGACCUGAGGAAGUCGCUGCUCACCAGCAUCCCGGAGGCCGCGCCGCCCGACGAGGACUUCUCACACUUUUAGUUCAGCACCCCGCACCCUGCGGUUUGGCCAAUAAACGGAAUUUUUAAUA